AUGGAGGACACUCACAACAGUGCUCCAGAGGUGGCUGCGGCGGAUUUCAAGAUUCUGUGGUUGCAGAUCCUUGAUUACAAGCCUGCUCCCCUCUACUUUUCCCUUCUUGACAACAGUGAGCGUGUGAAUUUUUUCGUAACGGGGGUUCCUUACAUCCUGACGCAGACGCAUCUUAACCUUGUCUUUUCUUUCUUUGGGAGCGUGAAAGAGGUUAUACUCCGAGACUUUGCUCUGAGAACGGCGCAGCCGCACUGGUCUGUCUGCGGUCCCCGCUUGCCACGGUAUGCAGAAAUCCGCUUUGACUCGUACCCAGACAAACUGACAGACUACACAGAAACAACUCUUUACUUUAAUGGCAAGGACGUGAGUGAUAAGAAGGACUCUGUCCCGCUGGAGUAUAACUUUCUGUCACUUGUAGCCAUGUAUACACAAGCAUACGUUCGGGAUACUUGUAUGCCCGCAGAUAUCCUUGCAGAAGUGGCAGAGAUAUUUGUGAGAAAGUACGAUGCAUAUUUGGGAGAAGCAGCGUCUGAUCGCUCUCAGAAAGAUGAGGAUGGAUGGAAGACGCUUAGACCUGACAGCAAAUACUAUAGGAACACCUAUGUUUCGAAGAAUAAGAUAUUAGGAAUAGAUGAGGAGUACACAGCUAUGAAGCUUAAACAGAUGAACCAAAAGAUGGUGGAAAAGGGCUUCUAUAAGUUUCAGCAAAUAGAGAAAAAGCAGAGCGAUUUGGAGAAGCUGAGACGCCGGCAUGCGGCAGAUAAGGAGGUUAUAGAGAGGAUGCGCUGCGCUGGCCGGCUCAAUCCCUUCUUGCACAACAUGAAAUAG